AUGAUAUGUAGAAAAGUUAUAUUUAAUAAUUCAUUAAAAUUACUAACAAAUAAUAUAAAAAUGAAAGUAAAUAAAGCUUAUCACACUAAUAAUAAAUCAACAAAAAUUUUGAAGAACGUAAAUGAAAUGAUAAAUAAAAAGAAUAACAAAAGAAAUAUAAGUACUACAAAGAUAAAAAAUGGUAAUAAAAUGAACAUGAUAUUAUAUAAAAAACAUGGACAACAUUUAUUAAAAAAUCCAGGUAUAUUAGAUAAAAUUAUAAUGGCUGCAAAAAUAAAAAGUUCUGAUAUAGUUUUAGAGAUUGGUUGUGGUACAGGUAAUUUAACUAUAAAGUUAUUGCCGAUAGCGAAAAAAGUAAUAACUAUAGAUAUAGAUGCUAGAAUGAUAAGUGAAGUAAAAAAAAGAUGCUUAUAUGAAGGAUAUAAUAAUUUAGAAGUUUAUGAAGGUGAUGCAAUAAAAACUGUUUUCCCGAAGUUUGAUAUUUGUACUGCUAAUAUUCCAUAUAAAAUAUCUAGUCCACUUAUUUUUAAAUUAAUUGCUCACAGGCCAUUAUUUAAGUGCGCAGUUUUAAUGUUUCAAAAAGAGUUUGCUGAAAGAAUGCUAGCAAAUGUUGGUGAUAGUAAUUACAGUAGAUUAACAAUUAAUGUAAGACUUUUUUGUAAAGUUAUUAAAAUAUGCAAUGUUAAUAGAAGUAGUUUUAAUCCUCCACCAAAAGUCGAUAGUAUUAUUGUUAAGCUUAUUCCAAAAGAAACUAAUUUUUUAACAAAUUUUGAUGAAUGGGAUAAUUUAUUAAGAAUUUGUUUUAGUAGAAAAAGAAAAACACUUCAUGCUAUUUUUAAAAGAAAUGCAGUUUUAAAUAUGUUAGAACAUAAUUAUAAAAACUGGUGCACUUUUAAUAAAAAGGUUCCAGUUAAUUACCCAUUUAAAAAUUAUUGUUUAGAUAUUUUAAAAGAUCUAGACAUGAGUGAAAAAAGAAGUAUAAAUUUAGAUGAAAACGAUUUUUUAAAAUUAUUAUUAGAAUUUAAUAAAAAAGGAAUACACUUUUUUAAUAUUUCUAAUGUUAAAAAUAGUGAAAUAUAUAAUAUUCAUUUAGAUGAUGAAGAGGAUAAUGAACAAGAAUUAAAUGAAAAAAAUUUGUAA